AUGCCAAGACCAAGAGUUUCAGAGUUGUCUCAGAGGCAAGCUCCAAAGCUGAGAACCAAAUCAUCUGCUUCUGACUCGAAUCAUCCCAACCGUCUGAUCACUACUGACCGGACUUCUAAGCUCGGUGUUGACCGUAGAUCUCCUAGAAGCGGUGGACCUCACAGUGAUCCUCUUGGUCAGAAGAAACUUGGAGGCCGGAUAUCGGAUCUAGAGUCGCAGUUAGGACAAGCACAAGAGGAACUGAGAUUGCUCAAAGAGCAGUUGGCUAAUGCUGAAGCUGUCAAGAAACAAGCUCAAGAUGAGCUUCAUAGUAAUAACAAAUCUAAGAAACCGAACCCGGUGGCUCGAGUGGAGGGAUCUGCAUCCGAGGCUGAUAUGAUUGAUAGAGAUGAAAUCCCCGGUGAUGCGCAGAAAGAGACUGAUGUGUUUGAGGUUCCUGUUGAGAAGAUUGCGCUAGAAGAAGAGCCGAGGAGUGAAAAUGAAGAAGCUGAGAAAUUGACUGCAAAGGAAGAUGAGAUCAAGAUGUUGAAAGCUAAACUGUAUGAUAUGGAGAAAGAACAUGAAUCACUAGGCAAAGAAAACGAGAGCUUGAAGAAUCAGUUGAGUGAUUCGGCUUCAGAGAUGUCACAUGUGAAAGCUAAUGAAGAUGAGAUGGCUUCAAAGGUGAGUCGGAUUGGGGAAGAGCUAGAAGAAAGCAGAGCAAAGACAGCUCAUUUGAAAGAGAAGCUUGAGUCCAUGGAAGAAGCAAAAGACGCUUUGGAGACUGAGAUGAAGAAGCUUAGGGUUCAAACCGAGCAGUGGAGGAAGGCGGCGGAUGCUGCAGCUGCGGUUCUUUCUGGAGAGUUUGAGACGAACGGCCGAGAUCGGUCUGGGUCAGCUGAGAAGUGUUUUGCAGGUGGUCUGUUUGACCCGACGGCGGUGGUUGGGUUCAUGGAACCGCCGGGAAUGGCUGAUGAUUCUGAUGAUGGAUUUGGAAGUGGGAAGAGGAAGAGUUCUGGGAUGAAGAUGUUUGGUGAGUUGUGGAGGAAGAAAGGGCAGAAGUGA